AUGGACGACGCUGUCCUGCCAGGUACAAGCAAAUUCAAGCACUACAACACUCAAGCCCCGGAUACGAAGCGAAUAUUUCCCCUCUUCUCUUUGAAAGGCAAGACUGCAAUUGUGGCAGGUGCGGGAGCAGGUAUUGGGUUGGCGGUCGUUCGUGGUUACGCCGAGGCCGGAGCAAAUGUGAUCAUCUGGUACAACACAAACAAGGAAGCAGAGACGCGAGCCAAGGAGAUCGAGGAAGAGUUUGGGGUGAAAUGCAGAGCUUUCUCGGUCGACACAACUGAUCCUCAAGCUGUCGACAACGCGGUAACUUCCCAGAUCAAAGAAUUCGAUGACCGACUUGACGUCUUCGUGUACAACUCCGGAGUAGCCUGGACAAGUGGGGCUUCUAUUACUGGUGAUCUGGACAACUACCAUCGAGUGAUGAAGACCAACGUUGAUGGCUUAUUCUAUUCCGCGAGAGUUGUCGGUAGAAUCUGGAGAGAACAGAAGAUCAAUGGUCUUCCAAAGUUCAGGGGCGGCUCGUUCAUCGCCACGGCCUCCAUGUCCGGCCACAUCGCCAAUUUUCCGCAGUUGCAGACAUCAUACGAUGCGUCCAAAGCAGCCGUCAAACAUAUGUGCCAGAAUCUUGCCCUUGAGUGGGUACAAUUUGCGCGUGUCAAUUCGAUUAGCCCAGGCUAUAUCGCGACUGAGCUGACCACUUUUAUUCCGGAGGCAACAAAGGAAGUUUGGCGGCACAUGAUCCCCAUGGGUCGUGAGGGGCAGCCCGGCGAGCUUGCUGCGGCAUACCUCUUCCUUGCGUCGGACGCAAGUUCGUACUGUACUGGCACAGAUCUGCUGAUCGAUGGUAAGCAAGAAGUUCAAUGA